UCUUCUUCAGGAGGGAUGGAGAGUCUCCGGGGCCGGGUUAUGGAAUGACUGAUUCCCACCUCGGGGUAAUCUGUGCGGAUUUCUGCUUCGAGAGGAUUUGGGAAAACAUUCUCCAGAGGUGGGCUUCAUGAGAUCUGCCAGGACCCGCAGGACUCCCAGCGCUGGGGUCAUAGAGCUUCAUGUUUUCUAUGUCCCAGCGGAAUUGUGGAACAGUAAGUUGAAUACAGUUUCCAACCAUGCCAUAAACAAGUUCAUCUCGGCAGGGUUCAUCAGGGUUUUACCUGAACUGAAUCUGAAAGCACUGAGACAGCAGGUCGGAGACUUGCUUGGAGCUCGGACUGUCGAUGGUACAUUUGCUUUCCUGAAGUGUAUUGGAAGGAGUUUAGCAGUGGUUUCAGCAAAGCAAGAAUCAGAACUCAAAGUGAAGUCAUUUGCACCUCCUUAUGCUCCACAGCCAGAACUCUACUUGCUACCUGGAGUUGGCAGGAGGCAGCUACGUGAUCUGAUUCCAGUCGACAACCAGCAACUUUCGGAGGAUGUUCUAACGCAAUGUUCACAAGGAACACACGCAGCUCUGUUUGAGAAUAAAGCUACAGCAGAAUCAAAAUGUUCUAUCUGUACCUACCAAACUCGCGUUUCAAAGAGUCCAAAUGGAGACAACACCUACGUAAGCCAUCAAGGAGCACAGAGUACAAACAGGGUCAGUGAUGCAACACUGAGGGAACUUAAAGUGAAUGAUUUUCCACACAAAGAUCAGCGCACCCAGAGCCCUGAGGGAAUGAGCAUCUACAAUCCACCCCAUCAGAAAUCGGCAAGCAUAAAGCCAGGAGAGAUCACUGAUUCAAGGGAACCUGAAACCAAUGGCUUCCUUCAAGAUACCCACAACACAAGGAGUCUGGAUAUAAACAGUACCUGGGAGCAGGAGUUACACUCCCUUCAAAACACCAGAGACGGCAAUCGGAAAAUAUACAAGAGUCAACAGCAGGAACAUCAGAUGCAGCAGCGAGAGAAAGAUAUUACAGCCAGUGGUGUGGCUCAGAUGGACAGUGGUCCAGUUGCAAAACAAGGCAGGAGUAACAGCACAGGCGAUUCCGGGCUAUCAGAAUCAUUGGAUGAGAAAGAUGUGGAAUAUUGCGAAAACCAAAGAAAGAGGAGUCAGCAAGUAAAUCAGGGUCUAGCAUCAAUCAAUGAUGGACAGAGAACUGAUCAGAUGCAGAAUGAUGGUAAUUUGACAGCUAUGAAGAACUAUUCCCUGCCUCCUCCUCCACCUCCACCUCCACUAGAUCUCAACCUCAGAGCCCAAUUUCAGUCAGUCCCAACAGAGAAGGAGCAGCUGAUUGCCCAAAUAAAUGCAACAAAACAGGAGAGAAAAUGCCUUGAGAGGACAAGGGAAGAACUUGUAAAGAAAGCAAAAGGAUUAUUAGCACAGAAUCAAUUACGGAGGAACCAAGCCCGCAAUAGCUGGAAGAAGAAAUACUUUGAAUCGAAGAAGCUGACCGCUCCUCUGGAGGAAACAUCGUGCAGGUUGCGGAAGGAGCUGGAGGAGUAUUACCUGAAGCUGCUGCACCACCUGGAGGCCCGGGACUUGAGAAAAAGGCCCAGAAAGCCAACCGGCGCUGGCAAUCCCAAAAAUGAGUUAAUUAUUCAGAUUACAACACUCAAGCAUGAGAUUGAUCAGCUUUACAGAAGUGUGGAAAAUGCCAAAAUGAAGCUAAUUACUGAGAUAAAGCUAAGAAAACAGACAACUACAGACCUCCGAGCUCUCCGUGCAGAAUUAGCACAGAAGAAGACCCAGUCAUCCUUAAAUCGCCUGAGUAAUGGCUCCGUACCUCACAGUUUGAAUAUUUUAGUGACUUAACCGAAAUGAGACUAUGUUGCCUUUGAUCUCAUAGCUGUCCCUGUGGGAUCUCACUGCAAAUGGUCUCCAUGUUUCCUGAUUUUAUUCGAGUGAUCCCACUUCAAAAACCGCUUCACUGCCCGUGAAGCACUUUGGGACAUCAUGAGGGUGUGAAAGGUGCUAUAUAAAUUCAUGUUCUUCCUUUGCCUCUGUCCGAUCUUGACAGAAGAAAUAUCAAAGUCACCUUACCACUUCUAAUUUACUUGCACGUUCCGAAAGACAGCCAGAUUUCUUCUGUUUUAACUGAUCUUUUAAUUUAUUUAAUGCAAACUCUUACACUGUAGAAGAUUAUGUUUUGAUUCCCUAUUUGUAGCUGAUGAAACGCUGAUGCCAUUUUAUGCAAUUGUGUGACAGCACAGUUAAAGACAGUGAGAAGUGGCCCACAUGAAGAUGGGUGAAAAACCCCCCACUAAGUUCCAAAGAGGAACGGAGGUCACAAUCCUUUUAUUUAAAAUGUAAUGUUUCAAGGAGACAACUCGCCAGCAUCAUCUGAAGGGCAAUCAGCAAUGGGCAAUAAAUGUUGGGUCAGCAUCAAUAGUACAUUCUGUUUUAAACGAAUCAUUAUCCUCUUUCUGAAGUCAGUGUAGAUCAAUAACUACAAUUUUAUCAAGUUGCAAAUUUAAUAAGUUGUAGGAAUGAAAGGCAAGUUUCAGCCCUUGGCAGCUUUACUGGCAUUUGGGAAAAGCGAGGACUCAUUAAGGAGAGUGGUUUUAUUUGGGGGACGUUUUAGAACAUAGAACAUAGAAGGAUACAGCGCAGUACAGGCCCUUCGGCCCUCGAUGUUGCGCCGACCGAAUCCUACCUAACCUAUACUAGCCCAAUAACUUCCAAAUGCCUAUCCAAUGCCCGCUUAAAUGACCAUAAAGAAGGAGAGUUCACCACUGAUACGGGCAGGGCAUUCCAUGAACUCACAACCCGCUGUGUGAAGAAUCUACCCCUAACAUCUGUCCUAUACCUACCACCCCUUAAUUUAAGGCUAUGUCCCCUAGUAACACCUGACUCCAUUAGCGGUUUCACAAACUUGAAUUUUUUGAGCAAGUGCGAAGGUGAUUGUUUUCACUAGUGUGUCAGAAGCUGAGGGGGGCUGAGUGAAUAGAAAUAUAUAAAACUAGGAGAGGUGUGGAUAGUCGGAGUCUUUUUCCCCGAGGUAGAAAUGUCAAAUACCAGGGGGCAUAGGUUUAUGGCAAGAGUGGCAGAGUUUAAAGGUGUGUGAACAAAUUUUUGCUUACACGGACGUUGGUAGGUGCCUGGAAAGUGCUGAUGAAGGGCUUUUGCCCGAAACUUCGAUUUUCCUGCUCCUCGGAUGCUGCCUGACCUGCUGUGCUUUUCCAGCGCCGCGCUCUAAUCUUGACUCUGAUCUCCAGCAUCUGCAGUCCUCACUUUUGCCUGGAAAAUGCUGCCAGGAGAGGCGGUAGAAGCAAAUACAAUGGCAAUGUUUAAAAGGCAUUUAGAAAGACACAUGAACAGGGAGGGAUUAGAGGAAUACGGAGCAAGUGUAGGAGCUCUCUGCCUUAGAAAUAUUUAAAGAUUUUGCAUCCACUGCCUUUUGAGGAGGGGAAUUCCAAAGACUCUCAAGCCUCAGAGAAAGUUAAAAAUCCUCUGUAUUAAAAGGGUGACUCAUUAUUUGUAAACUAUGAUCCCUUGUUCUAGAUUCUCCCACAAGAGGAAACAUCCUUUCCUCAUCCACCCAGUCAAGUUCCCUCAGGAUCUUUAUAAGUUUUAAUUAAGUCAUCUCUAAUCUCCAGGGGAUUGUGUCCAGCCUUUCCUCAUAAGGAAGUCCAUUCAUUUCAGACAAGUAAAGUCUAGUAAACUUCAAAAUUUCCUAUUGAGCUCGGAGGUCUGUAGCUGUCUGCUUUCUUAGCUGCAAAGGCAAUAGGAGUAAUUGAGGUAUUGAGCAAGACUUUUUGUCUUGCACUCAUUAGAAUGCAUUAGACUAUUUAUAGUGUAUGAGAAGACAGUGCUGAUUGGUUGGCAAGUGAACUCUGAGUGGUGGAGAUGCUGCCUGGAAGAAUGUACCAGUUAGAUGAUGACUGGUAGUUAACUGCCAAACUGCGUUUAAAUUAUUAUUAAAACUAUGCUUCAUCAUCAUUAAUACAAAUAAUAUUGAAGGUUGCAAACAGCAAAUAACAAAUGGGUGGCGUGAUUUUUUUAUGCAGCAAGAUAUUGUGAACAUUGGACUGCACUCUGUGGUUAUGCAAAAAGGUAUAAAGAAAUUGCAGGCUAUCAGGGAGAGCAACAAUAGCAUGGCAUAUUCAGUCGUUUCUUGUAUUUUCAAUCUAUCUCAGAGCUGUGAAAGCAUGGUGUUAAUUUCAAAGUGUGCAACAGGUUCUAAAUAUCACUGCAAACAUAAAACAGUUGCACUUUUCUUUAUUAUUUCAGUCAUGGGAUGAUGGCCUUGCUGGCCAGACCAGCAUUUAUUGCCCAUCCCUAAUUACCCAGGGGGUGGUUAAGAGUCAACCACAUUGCUGUGGGUCUGGAGUCACAUGUAGGUCAGACCAGUAAAGAUGGCAGAUUUCCUUCCUAAAGGACGCCUCCCUAUCCAGCUCCAGCUUUUAGAUUUUUCUGUGGUGGGUAUAUACUUUAGCUUUUAGCCAACACCCGGGGCCAACCAACUAAGUUCAGUGAGUGUCAAAUAUAAACAGGCUCACUUAGCAAAU